UGAACUUCGACCUCUGGUGCGCUAAAUUUGGAAUCUUUUCUACCAAAUAAUUAUAAUACAGGCGCCUAGGCAAUGCUCUGAUUAGAGGGGCAAUGAUGAAUCAACCGAGUAAAAUACUGUUAGAGACCACAAUGGGAGACAUUAAAAUUGAGCUGUAUUGGAAACAUGCACCUAAGACAUGUAAGAAUUUCACUGAAUUGGCAAACUCUGGGUACUACGCUGGCUGCAUAUUUCACAGGAUCAUUAAGGACUUCAUGAUUCAAGGAGGAGAUCCGACGGGUACUGGGAGAGGAGGCUCCUCCAUAUAUGGCGAUCAUUUUGAGGAUGAGAUUCACCAGGACCUAAAGCACACUGGGGCGGGUAUCAUUUCUAUGGCAAACAGUGGCCCCAACACGAACGGAAGUCAGUUUUUUAUAACACUCGGACCAACUCAGUGGCUUAACGGCAAGCAUACCAUAUUUGGACGCGUGUGUGAAGGCAUUGCAGUCGUCAAGAAGAUGAGCAUGGUGGAGACAGGUGCUAAUGACAGACCAACGGAUGAAAUAAUGAUAUUACAAGCUUACGGCCAAGACUGAACAUCAGUGUCUUUUUCUUUUGCCACAUGCCACAUGUAAUAAUUAUCAUCACAAAUUGAA